AUGAUCAUCAGAUUCCAGUCGCGCGAAGGAGGAUUCCGCCUCACUCUCGACAACAACGCCGAGAUAGCAUCCAUCCUACCAGACGUUCUCGACAAGCUUUCCAAAGAUGUUAUCCCAUCCACCGUCACGAUUAGUCCUCGACCACACGGUGCAGAUUCGAGACCCAUCGAGAAGCUCAAGGGCAUCACAUUCGCAAAGCUCGGCCUCACACACGGCACACAGGUCUUCCUCGACUUCAAGACCAGCGAUGCAGCCACCAACGGCCACUCAGAGGGAGCGAACAAGCUGAGCGGCAAAGAGGUGACAGAUGAAGAACUCACGUCGAGCGUAGCAAUACCGCAGGUGCAGCGUCUAGUGAAGAAUCCGUGGGAGACAGUCAAGCAGAUACCGCUCGACGACCGGUUAGACAAGCUAGAUGGCAAGAUCACACGGAAGAAAGAUCAGCGGAUGUGCAAGCAUGGGUCUAAGGGCAUGUGCGACUACUGCCAGCCACUCGAAUCUUACGACAAGGGCUACCUAGAGGAGCACAAGAUCAAGCACCUAUCAUACCACGCACAUCUACGGAAACUGAAUCAGGGCAAGAACAAGUACCAGUCCGGGAGCUCAUACAUUCCUCCACUCAGUGAACCAUACUAUCGAGUGAACCCAGAAUGUCCCGGCGGCCAUGCACCCUUCCCGGAUGGCAUAUGUUCUAAGUGUCAGCCUUCUGCUAUCUCCUUAGUACCACAAGAGUAUCGGAUGGUCGAUCAUGUCGAGUUUGAGACAUUCGACAUGGUCGACAAGUUCAUCGGAUAUUGGCGACAAGGUGGCUCGCAGCGAAUAGGUUUCCUGUACGGCCACUACGAGGAGUACGACCAGGUCCCGCUGGGCACCAAAGCCGUGGUCGAAGCUAUCUACGAGCCACCACAGGUCGACGAGUCAGAUGGCGUGACGCUCAAUGACUGGGACAACGAGAAAGAUAUCGAGAAGUUGGCAGAGCUGUCCGGGCUUCAGCGCGUUGGGGUGAUCUACACUGAUUUACUCCAGCAAACAGAUCGCGAGAAGGGCAUUGCUGUAUGCAAACGACACGCCGAUUCUUACUACCUCUCGUCUUUGGAGGUCUGCUUCGCCUCAAGAUAUCAAGCGAAGUACCCGCGGCCAUCCAAGUGGAGCGAGACUGGAAAGUUCGGCAGCAACUUCGUGACAUGCAUCAUUUCUGGCGACCCCGACGGCAAUAUAGCCAUCUCUGCCUACCAAGCCUCGAACGCCGCCGUCGAAAUGGCGACUGCAGAAAUCAUCGAACCAUCAGCGGAGCCCAGUGUCAUGCUGGUACAAGACGAAACAGAAGCCGAUGAAGCUUUCAACAGAAAACGCUACAUCCCUGAAGUUUUCUACCGGCGCAUCAACGAGUACGGUGCCAACGUCCAGGAGAAUGCGAAACCAUCCUUUCCGGUCGAAUACCUGUUUGUGACGCUCACGCACGGCUUCCCCAACCAGACCAACCCGAAGUUCAUCAAUAGUGCAGCAACUCUGGCGAUCGAGAACCGAAUGGCGAAUGGGGAAGUUCAAGAUCAGCGCGACCUGGUCAAGCAGCUCAAAGCCGGCGCGAACCGCAUCGCUCUUGAAACAGCACAAGGUGUGGCCGCUGUCAGCGACUUCCAUGUGCUGUGCUACAUCCAAGGCCUGGGUGUUCUGAGUGAAGAUGAGCUCCGCCUGCUCUGCCAAGUCGCAACAACACACGACACUUCUCUGGGCGCUCAGCUCAUGCAUACUCCAGGUUGGGCAACUCUUGAAACUAUUCUGAACAUGUAG